AUGUCCAGCGCCCCAAAACAGGCUGGCAUCGACGCAGGUGUUGGGCAGACGCUGAGGCUGGCGAGCAACUCUCCCCGCGCUGCUGCACCAGCUGCCACCUCACCAGCUGCCACCUCACCAGCUGCCACCUCACCAGCUGCCACGCUACCACCUGCCACCUCACCAGCUGCCACGCUACCACCUGCCGCCUCACCAGCUGCCACGCUACCACCUGCCGCCUCACCAGCUGCCACGCUACCACCUGCCGCCUCACCAGCUGCCACGCUACCACCUGCCGCCUCACCAGCUGCCACCCUACAACCUGCCGCCUCACCAGCUGCCACCUCACCAGCUGCCACCUCACCAGCUGCCACCUCACCAGCUGCCACCUCACCAGCUGCCACGCUACCACCUGCCACCUCACCACCUGCCAUGCUACCACCUGCCGCCUCACCAGCUGCCACUCUAUCUCCUGCUGCCUCACCAGCUGCCGCGCUACCACCUGCCGCCUCACCAGCUGCCACCUCACCAGCUGCCACCUCACCAGCUGCCACCUCACCAGCUGCCACCUCACCAGCUGCCACGCUUCCACCUGCUGCCUCACCAGCUGCCACGCUACCACCUGCUGCCUCACCAGCUGCCACGCUACCACCUGCCACCUCACCAGCUGCCACGCUACCACCUGCCGCCUCACCAGGUGCCACGCUACCACCUGCCGCCUCACCAGCUGCCACGCUACCUCCUGCUGCCUCACCAGCUGCCACCCUACCACCUGCUGCCUCACCAGCUGCCACGCUACCAUCUGCCACCUCACCAGCUGCCAGCUCACCAGCUGCCAGCUCACCAUCUGUCAGCACAUGAGUUGCCACUACCAUAGCUGUCGACCUACCGCUUGCCACCACACCAGCUGUCAGUAUAUCAGUAGCCGCCUAA